GCGGAAGUUGGGAGGCGGGGCCAGGCCCGGACCUGGGAGCGGAAGAGGCCGGGGUUGCUGGCUGAGGCGCGGAGACCGUUUGGCGGUGAGUCCCAGGCCAGUCCAAGCUCAAAGUCCCAGUCCCCGGGAGACGCCAGAAGAAACUGAAGGACUUGGGGUUCCGGAGCAGUCGCCGCUGGCUGCUGCUGCCGUUCCGCCUCUGCACCGCGGACGCCUCCGCCCCCGCCGCCUGAGGACGCGGCCCUGACAGGCCUCUAGGCCUAGGCGCGGCCCGAGGAGCCCGACGUGUUGCUGCUGCUGGUGCUGCUGUGAGUAAUACGAGCGCCCGCUCCACAGUCGUUUACAAAUUAAAAUGGAGGAAAUUUCGUUGGCUAACCUGGAUACUAACAAGCUAGAGGCCAUCGCUCAGGAGAUAUACGUAGACCUAAUAGAGGAUUCUUGUUUGGGCUUCUGCUUUGAGGUGCACCGGGCAGUCAAGUGUGGCUACUUCUACCUGGAGUUCGCAGAAACUGGUAGCGUGAAGGAUUUUGGCAUUCAGCCAGUGGAAGAUAAAGGAGCAUGCCGCCUCCCGCUUUGCUCCCUUCCUGGAGAAUCCGGGAAUGGGCCUGAUCAGCAGCUGCAACGCUCACCCCCAGAAUUCCAGUAGCUGCAACAUGAGAGAAUCAGAGAGUGACCAGGACAAUAACAUAGACCGGUCCUGUGGUUUGGAGAAGUUAGGUAUCUAAAUAGAAAAAGAAAAGAAAACAAAAAAGAAAAAAAAAAAAGAAAAGAAAAAAGAAAGAAA